CUCCGGACCAUCAAUAAAUUCCUCAACAUCAGCGAAACAAGAUCCACCUCGAACACCUCCCCUUCUCUCUCUUCUCUCUCUCAGCAAAUGCUCAAAUCUCAUCCAUCGUCAUCCAAACCACCACCAUAACACCACCAUGAGAGAAGAAGAUGACCACACGAAUUGGUUCUCCCGCUGGGAAGAGCAGCUCCCAACACCUGAAGAACUCACCCCCAUCACUCAAUCCCUCAUAACCCCUGACCUCGCCCUCGCCUUUGAUAUAGCCCUCAGCACCACCCCAAACCCUAGUCCCGCAUCUGCUGCCCAACCCCAAUCCCAGCCACCAUCUGCUCAGCCCCACCAACCUCCUCCCUCCAACCAUCCCAACUCGUCCGAGUUCGUCGACUCGGCCGAACUCAGUGUCGGCGCCGGCGGACCCGACGAGCCCGCCCGCACCCUCAAGCGGCCGCGCCUCGUAUGGACCCCACAGCUUCACAAGCGCUUCGUCGAUGCCGUGGCCCACCUCGGCAUCAAGAACGCCGUCCCCAAGACGAUAAUGCAGCUGAUGAACGUCGACGGCCUCACCCGUGAAAACGUCGCCAGCCACCUCCAGAAGUACCGCCUCUACCUCAAGAGGAUGCAGGGGCUGUCCGGCGCCGGCGGGGGAGUCGGCGGCGGGCCCGUCUCCGCCGCUGACGCUGCUGCUGAUCACCUCUUCGCGUCCGCCCCUGUCCCGCACCACUUCCUGCGGGCUCCGGGCGGGCCCCCGCCGCCGCCACCCGGUGACCACUUCCUCCCGUAUGUGCCCGUAACGGCCCUGCAGCACCACCAUCAGAUGGCUGCUGCUGCUGCUGCUGCAGCGGCGGCCGCGCAGCAGCAGCAGUACCAGCAUCAGCGGCAUAUGGGGCAUUUUGGGUCGCCGCCAGGGGGGCAGUUUGAACAUGGGUUCCUGACACGGCAGCAACAGGCCGUGCAUAGGAUGGUGGGCGGGCCGCCACCACCGCCGCAGUAUGUGGAGGAUUUGGAUUCGGGUGCGACGGGAGGAGGGAGGAGGGUGCUGACUUUAUUUCCUACUGGCGAUGAUUGAAUUGCGAGGCAUUGGAGAUUUUUUAGAUGUCAUUGUGGGUGGCAAUGCACGGCGGAUGUGCUUUCAAUACCUUCAAUGCUCUAAGUUUAGGUUGGCGGUGUUAUUGCUUGUGAUUGAGGGCUUUGGAGUUCCACCAGUCGUGCUAGGAGCAGAAGUUUGGGAGAAGCGGAAUUUGGCAAUUUUCCUGCAUGUCUACUGGUUCUAAUGUGUCUUCUUCUCCAAAUGAAGCUCCUGUGUGAGAAAAAAUGUAGAGCAUUUUAGGUUGAUUUUCUAGCGUAUGUUUCCUAAUCUCUUUGUUGUGGGGAGAGAUUCGAAUCAUGUGGUUGUUUCUGCUUGUUGUAAACUGCAUGGCUUCGAAAGUUCUGUUGCACGAGUAGGAGAAUGGAAGUCUUGAGAUUAGGGGAGUAUAUAAAAAAAAUCUGGAUGCUAUUAAAAUGCUGUAUGUAUUUCAGAUUUUCAAUGCUCUCAAGAACGUUGAAAUGUGCCUUAAUUUUCUGAAGUUAGUCCACUAUUCAUGA